AUGAAGAGAGUAAGGAAGAUGCUGAUGGCUCCUCUGCAGGCGCUCCAUCCCAACCCGGAGGACCACCUUCAUCUCCGUUUACAUAGAGCGCGCUCGGUCGUGCUGACGGGGCCAGAGCUGGUCGAGAUCCGCGCCGCCCAGCGCACCUUCGAGGGGGCGUACAUGCGGACGGCGCUGUCGCAGUUCUCGUUCGCCCUGAUCAUCCUCAAGAUCUUCACGUCCGAGUUCUACGCCAUCGGCGCCCUCUUCGCCGUCUACGGCGCCGCCGUCAUGCUCGUCGCCGUCUUCCGCCGCUACGAGGGCAACCGCCAGUUCUUCGACAGGGAGGAGUCCGACUCCGAGUCGGACGGCCGCGGCGGCAGGCGCCGGAGCGUCGUCGUCAGGAACAAGUUCCGCACCAGCGGCAACAGCGUCGCGCUGCUGACCGCGCUCAGUCUCGGCGCGUACGUCACCCUCAUGGUCCUGACGUACAGGCUGUCGACUUGA